UGGUGGGUUUGGAAGUAGACAGAAAAGGAUGAGAAACUAAGUUGAUUAGUGACAGAGAAGAGAAAGGUCUUUAUCUAUCUAUCUAUCUAUGUAUCUAUUCUAUGUAUAAAAGUCACAACCAACUUCAACAAUUAAGUAUUAACAAUGGAAGCUCCCCUCGUAAAUGACUCCACUUUCUCUUCCACUAACCCUUCCUUGUCCGAGAUUUGGCCCUUCCCUCUCCAUCAUUCUUAUUAUAAUUCUCAUUUCUCUCCCCAACAAUACAACAACAACAACAACAACGAGUGUGGCAGUGGCACCACUAAGCAUAUAAAACUAGGAUCCUCUGUCUCUGAUGAUAAAAAAGCAACUUCAAUAGCAGCGCAGCAAGAGGAAAAACAAAAUGCUAAACCAUCUUGUGAUGUGGCAGUGCCAGUGCCACCUAAGCAAGACUAUAUUCACGUUAGAGCCAGAAGAGGCCAAGCCACCGAUAGCCACAGUCUUGCUGAGAGAGCAAGAAGAGAAAAGAUUAGUGUGAGGAUGAAAAUUCUACAAGAUUUAGUUCCGGGAUGUAACAAGGUAAUUGGUAAAGCACUUGUCUUGGAUGAGAUAAUCAAUUAUAUCCAUUCACUGCAACACCAAGUUGAGUUCCUUUCUAUGAAGCUUGAAGCACUUAAUUCCAGAUUCAAUAUGCACCCUGCUAUUGACUGUUUCCCUUCAAAAGAGGUUGGUGCUCAGCCAUUUGACCUUUCUGGAAUAAUAUUUGGACCACAAGCAGGCAGGGGCUAUGCUCAAGGAUCACAACCAGGAUGGCUACAUAUGCAGAUAGCUGGUGGUUUCAAUAAAUCAAUGUAACAAAAGGAAGAUUCAUUGGGAAUGACACAUCAAUAAGUGUGGUUUUUCAUUUAAAAAGAACAAGAAAAAUCAUAGGGAUUGGUCACCAUGCUCUAUUGACAACCUAGUCAUUGUGUAGAGUGGUGUAGGUCUGUAUAUCCAUUGUCAUAAUAUUACAUCAUUUGUAAGAAAUACAUAUAAUUUCCAUGUGCAUCGUCUGAUUGAGUAUACUAUGUUGUGCUUCACUAUGGUAGCAACUGAAAUAAUAUUAUUGUGGUUUUCAUUUUGUGACAAGGUUCUUCUUUCCUGAUAUGUAUUCAUAUGUAACUGCCAGUAUAUGUAAUCACAUAUGAAAAUUACCCCUUGUUAGUAAAAUUGAGUCAUU